AUGUGUGAAUGGCUCUCUCGCGAAGAAUGGUGCGACGUAUAUUUGCAAUGCGACGGUCAUGUAUUCAGAACUCAUCGUGCAGUUUUAGCAAGUGUCAGCAAUUUCCUAAGGGAAGCACUUCUGUCAUAUUCAAUAGAAGAAACGCCAAUUUUUAUAGUUUUACCAGAGUUCGAUCGCAAUUGUGUAUCUUCAAUGCUAUAUUAUAUUUACAAUGGCGAAGUUACUAUUCAAAGGAGCCAAUUGAAGAUGUUUUUAGAAAUCAUAAACGCGAUGCAAAUUUUUAUCGACCACAAGUAUUUGUUAAAUAUUAGCGACCUUAUGAAAGAUGAUGAUUUCAAUAUACAGUGUCAUAAAGGUGACUUACAAAGUAGCGCACAUGUUGUGAUAACCGAUAAAGAAAAUAAAGAGUGCACAGAGUUAAAGACAAGAGAAGAUUUAACUGAAAGUUCAUACAAUACAAUAUGGGAAAAUAAUCAUUUUAUCAAGGAUAUGCCACGGAGUAUGACUUAUUUAAACGAAAGUUUCUCCAACUAUCUAAAAUCUUUACACGAUCACCGACAAAGGCAAUCAUUUUGUCGAGAUUUAUUUAUUGAGACAUGUCGUCUAAACGGUAACAGUAACGGUGAUGUGGAAGACGCGUUGGAAAUAACAAAUGAAUAUUAUCGUGUACCGACAUCUCGUCACUUAACGAAUGCUAAUGCAGGAUAUCUUGGAACUAACUAUAUUGUCACGAAAAAUUCUCACAUAAAAGAGGCUGAGAUUAUCUCUACAUUUAAAUUAAACCAAAGACAAUCGAAUAAUUUUUCUCUGUUGGCCUCGAUGACUCAUAAUUUUUCGGAAAAAAAUCAAAAUAUUUCGAACAGGGAUAAAAUAUUUGAUCCGACGAAAUUAUCAGAUACACCGCAUGCACAAAGUUUAACGAUUGAUAAGGGAACAAAAAGAAAUCAUGAGAAUUCUAUUUCUAGAAUUACAAUCUUAAAUGAAGUAAUGCAGAGCCCUUGGAGACCAAUAAUACCGAAUAGCUAUAGGCCUUUACGUAAGAAUAUCAAUAAUAAUUUACCUGCGCUUAGUAAACCAACAGAACUUUUUAAGAUUUUUUCUGAUAGCGAAUCGUCGGAAUCACAUGAAAAACAGCAUUCACGAUAUAAAUGUAUAGAGUGUCACAAAUCAUUUUCACAAUUACGGAACUUUAAGUACCACAUGUCAAUUCAUCGCGGAACAAAGGAGUUUGCUACAACAUGUCCCGUAUGUGGGAAAUAUUUCAACGACAAGGGAUAUCUGAGUAGUCAUAUGAAAAUUCAUAAAAAUCGUAAGGAGUACAAGUGCUCUAUCUGUCCAAAAUCAUUUAAUCAAAGAGUUGCAUACAACAUGCAUAUGAGAAUUCAUACAGGUGUGAAGCCGCACGUGUGUGAGGAAUGCGGGAAAGCAUUUUCUCGCAAGAUGCUGCUGAAGCAACACCUCCGCACGCACAGCGGCGAGCGCCCGCACGCGUGCUCGCGCUGCGGCAAGCGCUUUGCGGACCGAUCAAAUAUGACCCUGCACUUGAGAUUGCAUACAGGAGUUAAGCCAUUCGAAUGCUCUGUUUGUUCCAAAUCGUUUACAAAGAAACAUCAUUUAAAGUCGCAUCUGAACUUUCACACAGGAGAGAAACCCUACUCGUGUCCGCGAUGCAAGCUAGCCUUCACACAGUCAUCUAAUAUGAGGACACAUUUAAAAAAAUGCACUGCCUCU